AAACUGCUAUCGGUAAGAGCAACUACGCAAGAUGGAAUCAGACCAACAAAAAGGUAAGUUAAGCUAGAUUAAAUUUCAGCUUCUACGUAUAUAUUUUUUACCAAUGUAACUGUUCCUUCUGUGCAGAAUCCUGGAAAUGUCAAAUGAAGCAUUAAAUUAUGUUGGAAAAUCAGUAUGCUUAAAUAGUGGCUCAAAGUAAAUGUAAAUCGCCUUUCGUAACUCAGUGUCUCUCGUUUUGUAUAGGGAGUAUCAAACACAGAACAGAUCAAAUGAUAGUUGAGUAAUAAAAGUGCUAAUUAAAGUACAGGGAAGUCCGGCGAGUAAAAUAUCAUUCGUCAUCACUUUCGAUUUUACAUUACGACGUAAUUGCUUCCUCUAUCGUAAAUUGUUUCAAAAUUUUGUCUGGCAUGUCGAGACGGUAGGUAGGUUACAGAAGAAGAGGGGGAAAGGGAGGAGUAGUGAUCAUAUGUUAUCCAGUUUUUCAAAUCCUUUACAUCUUAUAUUAGUAGGUAAACGUUUCUAUACAUGCCAACUUUCCCGGAAUAUCCGGGAGUCUCCCGGAUACGGCACCGAUCUCCCGUUCUCCCGUGCGGGUUAGCAUAUCUCCCGGAUAACAUCAUCUGUUGAGCUUUUAAGUGCCUCAGUUUGAGAUUUAGCCCAUUUUUAGCUCAAAACUUCAAUUUUUCUUAUUCGCAGUCCGGUUUCUGGGGCAUUUUUGCACGUAUUUAGUCACUGACGAAGAAUAAGAUUAUUUCUGGCAUGAACACGAUGAUUGCGAAUUUUGAUAGUAUGUUCGUCAUGUAAGACUUCAUGUAAUGCCCUAAGUCAUUUCUAUUGGGGGCUGGGGCAAUUUGUUGGGGGACAGGGGGGGUUCCGUUGAAAUUCGGGGGGGGAGUAAAAAAAAGAGAGUCUCCAGAUUUUAGAUCUCCAGAGGUUGGUUUCCUGCGUCGCAGAUGGUCUAAACCUUCUGUAUGGAGCAUCUGCGAAUUAGUGCACAAUAUCGUGUUUGAAUUCUGCACAGUCACAAGGACAUAUGUCGGUGUUUUUGAUUGGCUAGUUUCUUACACAGUUUGUGAUUAGUCCAAUUUGAAAUAAGUGUUGACAGGCCAAACAGGACUAAUAGCUUGUGACAAGAGAGACUGAGCUCAUGAUAGUGUGCAAUGUGAUCUUAGAGUCAGCUAGAACAACAGAAGUUUUUCUCGCUCUCUUUUUGCGCAGUUUAUGCAGUGCAUGGAGUAUUCUACACUUUGACUGAGCAUUAUUGUGCCUAGUGCCCGUAGAGCCCAAGGCACCAUGUUAUCGUGCAUACUUGUGUGUCCGUAACUCGGGUUUUUCUCGUAUUCUUUCGCCAACAACCCGAGACCACUUUCGAGCAAUGUUCGUUUCAUUUUCGUAUCCCGAGAAGACAUGAUGUAGAUGGCAACUUUUUGCAACAAUCGCUCCAUGUGCUCACAUUGCACAUUUGUUCAACGACGUUGGUAAGUUUUCUAUGUUUAAGAUAAAUUUAUCUUACUUUCCUUCUAGAGCCAGGCUCAACUUUCAGUGGAUUUUCAAAGAAUUGAUCUUAAAAGCAACAUGAAGGGAUUUUUCGAGAAUUUUCUUGCUUUAUCGGUAAAGAAACUGAAGAAAGUGUUGAUGAUUCUUCCCUCGAUCAGUGGCCGUGGACGAGCGUUUCCUGCCGAAUCCUGUCGUUAUAUGCCUUGUUUAGCGAUCAGUAACUUCUACAGAAGAUGGAAUUUCCAUAAUAAUUUUCAGGCAAACUGCACUGGGCCAUAUUUGUCCUUUGUUUUUGUCUUUUUCUAAAUCGGACGAGAAGAAGAAAAGAAAGAACUACAUAUGGACCUUUAAGACGAUAUUCGCGGUUGGUCACCCAUCCAGUUCUUAACUCCGACCGACAGGGCUUAACUUGAGUGCCGUUACCUAACCAAGUUUCGCGAGGGUUAUUGCGAGAUACGUAUUUCUAGUAGUCAUCAGAAAUUAUUUGGGCUAGGAGACAAAGGUGAUAUUUUGUUCAAUUAUGAAUUGUUACAGUUGAUACUAAUGUCACAAUAAAGUUUCUUGUUGAUGUUAUAUCAUGUAGUCAUUGCAGAUGAUACUAUUUUUCAUAUCACUAGGCACAUGUAGUCAUAGACUGACUUUUUUUUGCUGCUUUAGUCUCACAUUUAGAGGUUAGGAAGCUGGUCUGUUCAGUGCUUAUAUAUUGAGUAAUUAGUUUCUGUUGUUUACGUUUCUGCGGACAUUUUUUGACAGGAUUUGAUCACAGACGUAGUUUACCAUUAAAUGAAUUUUUUUAAACCUCUGUUUGAGCCUUAAGCUUUUUUUUGCGGCUAAAUAACCUUUAGUUAGUUUCUUUAGUUUUCUCCGAAAUGCCUGGACCUGAAUACCUGACCUGGACCUGAAUGCGUGUAGUUUAUUUUUGGCCGUGAAUAUCAUGAUUUCCUGAUUUGUUUUGAUGCUAGAACUGUCGGCUAGAUUGCAGAAUACAUGGCAGUGCAUCUUCAGUGAUUGGAAGACGCUAGAAUCGUCGACAAAUUUACAAGCAAAUUUUGGCCUUGAAGGAAUUCUCUCAAAGCAUUUUUUUGUUCAGAAGAUGGCUUUAAAGUUCAAACUGCUCUUUCAUUGUUUACUGUAAACUGUAAACGAUCCUUGCCAACUCCCUCUGGGGAAUUUUGACAUGUCACUGUGCCCAACUAUCAUGCACAUGUAAGAAUUAGGCCAAUUGUGAGGCACAUAAGAAACCCGUAAGAAAGCUGCCUAUCAGAAACGCUCACAUGUUCUUGCGACCUCUGCAGGAUAUUAGAACAAGCUUUUGUGCACUAAUUCGCAGACGGACUAUACAAAGGGUUUAGACGAGUGCAUAGGCCGGCUGCAAUGCAGGCUAGAGGUUGGCAACUCUGUGUUUCAUUUACUCGGUACUGAGACUGAAGUUGGGGGGGGGGCGGUCUCCUCUUGGAGGAAGGCGGGGCAAGGGUACUCAACAAAGUGUUAUACAAGGAGGCUCUGCCCUGAGAUCCAACCCUUUUCGUUUUAUAUAGCUUUUUGACGAGAAAAGGUACCCCUUUCAUCUAUUUUUAUUGGACAAAUGGUAGUCACAUACCAAAUUAAGAACUUACAUGUAUUUGCAUCCCUUUCACAGUCAAACUGGGAAAACUGUGAACCCCAGAAAUAUAUUUCUGGAAUGUUAUUGUGUUGCAGGAAAAAAGCCAAUCAAGCAUGGCAAAAACUAAACCAGAGAACUAUGAAUGUUAAUAAGUUUGUGGUUUUGUAGCAAUUUAGUUCGCAUAUAUAUCCUGAUCUUUGCUGUGAUUGGUAAUAACACAACAAACAAUUCUGAAAUAUUUCAAGAGUUUACAGUUUCCGCAGUUGCAAUAGUAAUUGCUGUAAGAGCACUUUCUUAAAAUUUUGAGUAAAAAAUCACACAACCAGAACAUUAUCUCAACUUUUUCACAGCCACAAAAUGCAAAAUGCAUGUUUUAGCCAUCUCUUGCAUUUACUUCAACUAGUGAAUUCUCUACCCCUUCUAUACCUGAAGCCUGGAAAAGGUACCCCUUUCAGGCAGAGCCUUCCUGUAAAGGCCAUUAUAGGGAGUAUCGACAACCAGGGUCUUCUACAAAGGAUAAAUUUUUCUCAUGUAAUUUUUACAUAAGGUUUUCAAAUUUCCAAGGAGAUUUAUAAUUUUCUGUCUUUUUCUUUUGAAAACAUUAUGUAGUCAUGUGCAUGCUGUCAUUUUGAAAUGAAAUAGUACAGUUUCUUGUAAAAUUGAAAGGUCAGUAAAUGGAGAGUAUUCUCAGGGGAAAGAGAAGCCUUCUGUAUAAAUCUUAACUCCCUUUGUGUAGCGCUCCUUUCUCGUUUAAUUGUUUCAAGUUACAGACCUUAUCUACAAGACCCAAUUUCACUUGCUGAGUAUAAGAUAUUGACAGCCCUGAAUCAUAAGAAAGUCAGUACCAGAGUUCUCUAGUCUGCCUUCUCUUUCCUGGCUUAAUUUUAUGUAAGUCCACAUCUCCAAUGAACCAAGUUAGAAGCGCUAUCCACACAAAUUGUUGAUAGAAGAUUCAUUGGAGUAUUUUUGUUGCAGGAUCAGAUAAACAGCCAAAACUGAAGGUGACUUUGGCUUCAGACAAUGAGGGAUGGGACAUCGCUGUGAAUGGGCAGUUGAUCCUUGAGCUUGCUGCUAACCCACGAGUUAAACUGUGUGGACUUUUGCCAAAAGGCAUCACUGAAAAACAAAAAGAGAAUGCUAAAAAGUUGGGUAUUGAGCUUUUUGAGGCAAAGGAUAUACCUGUUCUUUUACCAAGUGACACACUGGCUUUCCCACCUGAUAGUCUUGAAAUUGAUGUCGUGAUUUUUCACUCGUAUGGACGUUACCUUGGACGGCAAGCACAAAUCGUCAGGGAAAGGAAAAGUUGCAAAUGGCUUCAUGUUAUUCACACUGUUUGUGAAGAACUUGCCAAAUUUUCAGACACACCAGCAGAGCUUAUAACUGAGCAUGAAGUCCAAAUUGAGCUGUCUAAAAUUGCCGACGUUGUGAUCGGAGUUGGACCAAAAGUAGCUGCUGCCUAUCGAUCAGCGCUGCAGCCAAGUGGAAAAGAUAAAGAUGUAAUUGACCUAACACCUGGAAUCUUUUACAACUUGAUCAGUACUCGGCCAACAAAAGAGGAAGGAGAGAAGUUCCAUGUACUGAUGAGUGGAUCACUGAAGUACUUUAAAGUAAAGGGAUGCGAUAUUGCUGCCAAGGCGAUCAAGUUACUGAACAGUGCAUCCUACAAAUACCACCUCACAUUUAUUGUGAAGCCCAAGGAAAAUGUUGCAGAGAUAACAGAGGCCUUGCAGAAUGAGGGAAUUGAUUCCAACCAUUUUACCGUGGAAGUCUCAAAUGGUGCAGAAGAUUGGAGCAGCUUACUUUGUAAGGUAGAUCUUCUCAUCAAGCCAUCGAGAGCAGAAGGCUUUGGAGUGAGUGGUGUUCGUGCCAUUUCUGCAGAUCUGCCACUCCUAGCCAGUAACUACUGUGGACUGGGCGUGGCCCUUCAGAAGCUGCCAUCUGGAAACAAACAUGUGGUGGAAUCUGAAGACCCACAGGUUUGGGCUGACAAAAUACGAGAAGUCAAAGAAAAGGGGUCAAAAACAAACCAGCAGGAAGCUGAGGAGCUGAGAAGUGAAUAUGAGAAGCAGUUCAACUGGAAGGAACAGUGUGAUAAGCUGGUCACACAAAUGUUAUCUUUGAUUUCAGAAAAGUGAUACCUAAUCUUGUUACCAGGCAAGCACCAAAAAGGUUGUGAUUCUGCCCUAGUUAUUCAUUAUCAGCCAGCUUGAUUCAUUAGAUACAUUAGAUGUUAGAUUAAGCAAAACUCCCCCUGGUAUACAUGUAUGUCACGAAUUAGAAGUUAGACUACAAGCAACCUGUCAUCUUUAUCCAUUAAGUGAAAUGAGUGGCUUCCAACACAUCCAUCUUUCAUCAAGAGACAUCACUAAAUUUAAUCAACAUUAAGGUAGCACAUCCACAUAGUGGUUCUUUGUCAACUUGAUUCCUGGUGGAAUUGAAAUUUGGAUAAUUAUGUUGAUUUUUGAGGAGAGGGGGAAAUCAGAGUACAUGGAGAAAAACCUCUCAAAGCAAGGGUAAGAACCAACAACAAACUAAACUGACGAAUGACAUCAAUGCCAGGAUUUGAACCUGGGCCACAUUGGUGGGAGGUGAGUGCUCUCACCACUGCAGCCACCCUUGCUCCCCAACUUUGAAGAAAAAAUUAGGAGACUUAGCACUCAUAUAGUUAGUCCGAAUAGAGCCCAUGCGUGGCAGCAGUUAUUAUAGUGUAUUGGUAUAAGUUAUCAAUUUACACCAUUUAAGUUUGUUUUGUUACACUUAAAGCAAAAACAAAAAAUUGAAGAUUAUUUAAUCCGUAACAUCUUUUCCAAAUCAGUGAUUUUUUAUCAGGGAAUAAGGUGAUAUGACUGUUAGAUUAACUCAAGAACUUUGUUUUGAUUUUAUUUUUGGCAGUCCAGAGACUUUUGUAAACUGAGAACUCCAAAUUUAAGAAAAUAUUUGAGAGGCCCUGUUAGGGUUAAAUUAUGACAAGCAACAUGGCCUUGAAACAGCGACACAAAGCAGAUGAAUUGGUGAGAAAUGACACAACUUUAGUUCGAAACUGCAACAGCGACAAGGAAAAUCACAAAUACAACAGUAAAAAAUACCAACAGCCAUCAGUGACACUGCCUCCUCUUCAAUAUGCAAAAUGAACACUGUUGAAAUUCAAAUGAGGGACAUGCGUACCCCCCUCCCCCCUAAGAGGGCCUCGUUUGACCUUAAACCUAUUGAGACUCAAAAGGUCUGUGGUUGAAACUAAAACGUUCACCGCACCUCUAGAAUCAGUUGGUUUUAAUAUUGUUUAUCUUAAGUUAGAAAGUUUUAACAAAGCUAGGUGUGAUAAAAAGUCAUUCUGCUUCAUUUUUAAUAGUAAGUGCUGACACAUACCUUGUGCAGCUAAAUCACUACCCAGGAGUUUAUAUUCACUUGCUAUAAAUUGAGGUAAAAUAGCAAGGAAUAAAUUAUGCGUUAAUGUAAAUCUAAAAUAAUAGAUAUUGGUUAUGAUCAUCAUAGUGCACUUGUACUAGUACUGUUGUUUUCUAUGUAUUGAUAAAAUUAAUAAAAACACUUCAUUUGUUCUAAGCUUUCUUUAAUGCAUUAUAGUUAUAUUCAGUCUCUUUUCUUAACACUUUCUAAUACAUGCAGCUACAUUUCAAUAACUUGAACUUUCGUGGACACAAGAAGUAUUAUUUGGGAAAGUUCUCCCCCAGCUGCACGAUGCCAAACUGUGAACAGUGUACAAACUUAAAUCAGCCCCCACCCCCUAAGCAUUAUUCAGGGUUCACACAGUCUUGAAAAGUCCUUGCAUUUUAGGGGAGGUCCUUGAAUUCCAUUUUUCCCUGAAAAAUCCUUAAAUUUCUAAGCAAAUCCUUGAAAAGUCCUUGAAUUUUCUUCAACUUUGAAUGUAGUGGCCUGGAAAGUGUUUUUUGAUGCUUUUUGGUUGUCCAAGGCGGAAUUGUAAAUAAUUAUGAAUCACAGCUCAGAGAAUUUAAAGGUUAUUUACACAAAGUGCUCAAUGUUUUAUGCAAUUUAAGACAAGUGAACUGAAAAAUGUAGAGAAGUUGGUGGGGUAAUCAGUUCAAACCUUAAAGCCUUAUUAAAAUAGACUUGGAAUGUGCCUUUUGUAGAAUCUGUGAAAUUAUAACUCCUAGUAGGUAGGUGGUCCUUGAAGAGUCCUUCAGUUGAAAUUUUUGUGGUUGCAAUUUUUUGUAUGAACCCUGAUUUGGAUGGAACAGCAGCCAGUCAAGGAGAGGGCAGGGGAGGCAUGUUCUUUUUCUGCCAAUCCACUUUUUUCCAGUCUUGUCAUCAAGUUUUCUGUCUCAAUCAACUUGAAAAAGGACUCAUCCUGGCAGUGAAAGAUGUACUAGGGUUUAUCUCUUUCAAAAACACUCUGACCUGUUCAAGUUUGACUGCGAGUUCAAGUUAUUGAGCAUGAGGUUAAAAUGUAUUGAAGAGUAUUACUACAUGAUUUACAUACUAGCUGAUCACAAUUUCCCUCUCUAAAGCCCAGUUGCCUUUACAGAUCUAUUAUAAUAAUAUUGUAUUCUGUCUAAUAUAAUCUACACAUGCAAACAAUACUACUGUUGUGAGCGAUUUCAUUACAAAGACUUGCACUAGCAGAGCUGUAAGGGAUAUUCUUUCAUGAUAGAACUUGUUUGCCCGUAAGUGUUGUUACCCAGAGUAUAAUUAUAGACAGCACUUAAGGAAGUUUAUACUCAAAAUUGGUUAUGAUCAUGCAGUUUUGCAUGCAGUCUAUUUUGAUCUUCACUGAGGUAAGAAAACAUACAGGUGCCGUAAGCCUAUCAGGCCACUUCCUCUAGCUUGGAGUUUACUGGAAUAACCUACUUCUCAAAAGCUAUUGAAAUGUCUGAGUUGGCAGGGGCGUAGCCAGCUUUUUAACUUCUUGUAGGCUUCAGUGUUCCCUAGAGGCUGCAUCUAAGCCUUUUUCCACAACCAAAUACAGGGGUAUUUGAAGGAGGCUCUCUAAAGUUAAGCUAUUUUUUCCGGCAAUAGUAAAUAGCUACUCCCUCAGCAAUACUGAGACCUUGUAUAGGUAUUCCUGAGGAAAUCGGAGUCGCAAACAAUUGCUAUUGACGAAACAAGAAUCUCAGAGAUUGAAGUGACAAUCACAUCACCACUCCUAUUUUUUUGACAAAGGUAGUUGGGUGAUGACAGCAAAUAAAUCUGCCAGAAAGUGAGGUGCCUCGUUUUUGUUUUGCUUAUUAAACCUGUUGCUUUUUUAUAUUUAUUUUCUCAUUUCCAUCAUCAUCGUCAUUGUGGAGUAGUGUUACUAUGCAAAAUAAUUCUUGAUAUGCUAAGAUUUUCUUGGAAAACUGACAAUAACACCUGCAGGUACCCAUAGAGAGGCUCAAUACAGGCCACCUACACCCAGCAUCCAAACAAAAUUAAUGAGAGUAGUGCUGGUUCUAAAACUAUUCACCAUGACAUAAUGAUUAUUACUUAUUAU